AAAGCGGCCAAAAUGCUGUCUGGUUUGCUAGCGCAGAAUGCUUUGAAAUGCAGCCAAUGAGCGCACGAGUAGCGUCAGUACUGUUGAUGACAUCAUAGCGUCAAACUUCCGCCCCCGCCGCCAUUUUGUGAAUGGAAUCCUCACUAUAUCGGCAGCCUUUGAAUAAACGGAAAGGAACGCGAUUAUUACAAAUCGACUUGAUUUAAUACUCGGUUCAUAUUAAUUAUAUCCGAAAAAGUUUUCCAUCGAAAGAAGUCCUCUAUAUUCGCUGUUUUUUUUGCCGGUAGUUGAUCAAAUAUGUCGGAGGAGCAGACUCUGGGCGAAGAUGCGAUGAUGAUGAGGAAGAUGGAGGAAGAUGACGGAGAGGCUCCGAGUGAAGAGCAGAUCCCGGAGGUCGUUGGCUCUGUUGAUAAGGGACUGGGAGAGACGGAGGGCUCAAAGAUAGAUGCCAGUAAAAAUGAGGAAGAUGAGGGGAAAAUGUUCGUCGGAGGGUUAAGUUGGGACACAACCAAGAAAGACCUGAAGGACUACUUCUCCAAAUAUGGCGAGGUGGUCGAUUGCACUUUAAAACUGGAUCCUUUGACGGGUCGGUCCAGAGGAUUUGGCUUUGUUCUGUUUAAAGAUGCUGAAAGUGUUGAAAAGGUGAUCAUCCAAAAGGAGCACAAACUGAAUGGAAAAGUAAUUGACCCUAAGAAAGCAAAAGCCAUGAAGUCCAAAGAGCCUGUGAGGAAGGUAUUUGUUGGAGGUCUUUCCCCAGAUACUCCAGAAGAGAAGAUCAGAGAGUACUUUGAUGCUUUUGGAGAGGUGGAAUCCAUUGAACUGCCAAUGGAGAAUAAGACAAAUAAAAGACGAGGGUUCUGUUUCAUUACGUUUAAAGAGGAGGAACCAGUGAAGAAAAUUAUGGAGAAGAAGUACCAUAACAUCGGUCUGAGCAAGUGUGAGAUAAAGGUGGCCAUGUCAAAGGAGCAGUACCAAUUACAGCAGCAGUGGGGCGGGAGAGGAGGAUACUCCUUCAGAUCCAGAGGGAGAGGAGGUCCCAAUCAGAAUUGGAACCAGGGAUACGGAAAUUACUGGAAUCAAGGUUAUGGAAAUUAUGGAAACUAUGGCUACAACAAUCAAGGCUAUGGUGGAUACGGGGGCUAUGAUUACUCUGGUUACAACAACUACUACGGAUAUGGUGACUACAGCAAUCAGCAGAGUGGUUACGGCAAAUCCCCACGCCGUGGUGGCCAUCAAAACAGUUACAAGCCUUACUAAUGUUUAAACGCUACCAGAAACACGCAGGUACGUCAUUGCAUUGCUCACCGCAAGCCAUUCUUAGUUUAUAAAGCACUAUUUGAUCUUUUUGUAAUGUACAUUGCUUAAUUUUUGUUUUUCUUUAAAGUUUCACAGCACCCUGAAGUGCUUUACAUUAGUGGUAACAUAGAGACUUCGGUCUUUUGGCAAUAAUGUAACAGCUGGCUUUUGGCUGUUUCUUGUCAUUUUGUAACUGUAAAAAUUAACAGGUACAGUACUGCUAAAUGGGUAUCAGAAAAUAUGGAUUUACAACCAAAGAAAACCGAAGAAUGUUGUCUCCUAACUCUGACAUAUACCUUGUUUGUACCUGCCAGCGGGGACUUCCUUGCAGGCCGUGAGCUGACUUCCCGAUUGUCUCACGCCCGCUCAUUGCGGACAGGGUACGAGAGACGUACGCUCUCGAAUGCUCCCAUUUGGUAUGGUCUUCCAACAUCCUGUAUACGAAUUGUACUACAACAACUACAGCAACAAAAAAACAUAAAAAGGACACUUCAAGCUUUUAUCUUUUUAUUUUUAAAGGGGUAGUUUACCUAAAAAUUGUAAUUCUGUCAUUAUUCACUCAUUAUUCCAAACAUGUAAGUAUGACUUUCUUCCAUGGUACAUAAAAAGAGAAAUUCCAAAAUUUCAAGCUAAAAAAGGAUGUAAAAUUUGCAAUUAGGCAUGUGUGUGUAGUCAGUAAAUGCAAUCUAAUUUCAAGAUUUUUGAAAUGUUAUGUGUAAUAUAAAUAUAUAUAUAUAUAUAUAUAUAUAUAUAUAUACACACACACAAUUAGGCAUGUGUGUGUGUGUGUGUGUGUGUGUAUAUAUAUAUAUAUAUAUAUAUAUAUUGCACAUAACAUUUCAAAAUCUUGAAAUUAGAUUGCAUUUACUGACUUUCAAAUAAGGUAAUUACUUUUAAUUAUUUUACUGGGGUUACACAUUUAAAAAUAAACUGUGUGUGUGUGUAAAUCAGUUGAACAUGAAUUACGUUAAGUAUCUAGUUGCAUUUUGUGACAGCUGAAGGGUUGAUUGAGCGGAAAAACUAAAAUAAUUUUCUGUGAAAGGUUUUUUAGAAAGUAACUUAAAAUGAAUUACCGACUACAUAAAAUGUGAUCACAUUACUAAAGUCUGCAAUUUUACAGUAGGAAUUUGUUUUGAAUUUUUAUUUUUUAGUAACUUACUCAACACUUGCUCCUAUAAAUUGCUCCUAUAGUAGGAAAAUUGUUGUUUUAUUUUUUAUGGAAUUUACGUAAAGAUCAGGGGGCAUGAUUAAUUGUAUUUAUUUUUGAAUGCAUUAAUUAUUAUAUAAUUAAUUGCACUUAAUUAACGUGUUAAAUCCCUAGUCUAAAUAAUUUGUUUAGGAAUUUUUCUCACGCAAAGUGCACGAUUCGUAUGGACCACUUUUAUGGUCUUUUUGCAUCUUUUUUGUAACUUGAAUACUUGAGUCCCCAUUUAUUGUAAUUGCGUGAAAACAAGUGACCAGAAGAGUGUUCAGAAUUUCUCUCUUUCUGUUCUACUGAAGACAUACGGCAUGGAAUGACAUGAUAGUGGGUAAAUGAUGCCAUAAUUGUCAUUUUUGGGGUGAACUAUCCUUUUGAUGUUCCUCUGAAAUCUUCUUGGAAUUGGUUUAAUGUAAUAAUAUAUUAUAAUGUUAUGCCAUUUUUUUCAGGCACCAUCAAGUAAUGGUAAAAUAUGACAAGAGCCGGAAAAAAUUAAUUAACUGGUCACUUUCUCUGGACUUUCUCCAGUGUUAAUAUAUGCACUUUUAAUCUUACCUGUAAUGCUUGCUUUUUCUUAUUUGUAGCUGUAAUUUCCUGUAGUCCAUGAGCUAAAAGCCAUUUUGUACUUGGAUGCAGCUGUGCUGGAGAAGUGCUUUUUUUAAAUAUUUGUAUUGUUUGAUUUUUCUACUGACAGCGGUGGAAAAAGCUUCACUUGUAAACAUUGUUAAUUUUAUCUAACAAAUUCUCUUUGUUUUGUUUUUUUACUUUUCGGAAUCUUGGAAAGAACAUAUGGUCUAUGGGGAAUGUUGCUUGUAAUGUUUUUCUUUUAUACUUUAAUUUUCAUUCAAUUGAAGGUUUUGCAUUAAUUUUAUGAGUUAUGAAUUUGUAAACAUGUCUAUUUCACUUUCAAGUUUUUUAGCUAACGGAAUUUAAUUAUUGCUACUAUGAUUCUAUUUGAAAGUAAUUUCUUGUUUGCUUAUUGAAAUUUUAAAGAAUUGGGUUUCCUUUACAUUUAAUGAGAUGUUGUCUUUUAAAACAUGAUUAAUAUUCUCAUUUUUUGUUUUACAGAUGGAAUGAUGGAGAAAGUCAAGCUAAGAAAAGAAACCAAGAGGGUGAGACAUGUUAAAUAUGGAAUUGAUGAAGACUUUACACGUUUUACCACAUUUCCAGUUAUCAGCUGUAGGCUGUCUCUGGAUGCAAGUGAAUUCACCAUUUCAUGCAUAACCAGAAAUAUCAUUGAAGUGUGCACACUAAAGAAUAAUUUAAGUGUUGGAUGAUGAACUUUUCCUGAAUUUAUUUUUGUGUGUGUUUUGAAUUUUUUUGCCAUUUGGUUUUCUAGAGCUUGUGUAGUUGUGUAAUUCACUAAUGAGAAGCUCUCAUGCAUUUUUGCGUUGAGUAAAAUGAUUAGUAGAAACCCCAAAUCAUUUAGAAUUCAUUUGUAUACAGAGCUAUUAAUUUAUUGUUUAUAACGCACACAGAGUGUUGGCCAUUUCAUAUUAAUUUCAUAUUACAGUAUUUUGCUACACUCAUGUAAACCAUUGAAAAAUACAAUGGAUGCAUUAAAGUGUAUGGACUUCAAGUCUGUCAUUUCUUCAAUGAUUAAAGGAAUACCAGUAUGAACCAGUAUUAGUGAUAAUUGUGUCAUCAUUUACUCACUCUCUCAUUCUGUACUAUUUAUCACAGUAGUGUGCUUUAAUGUUGAACCAGAAAGUUUAUUUUGAAAUGCUUUUAUAUUGUACCAAAUUAAAUAAGUUUGUCACACUUGUGGUGUUCCUGAUAAAAAAUGAAUGGCCUAUAAAAAUUGAGUGAGGUUCUAAUCUUGAUGCUGACACACAGGACUAAAGUAGGAGUGACAUGAAUGCUUUUCAUUUCACAUUUGCUUUUAGGAUACUAUCGGUUAGGUUUAGGUGUUGGCUUAGUGAAGGAUGUCUGUUUUGAUUACCUCUCAUUUGUUUUAAGGACCGUGUUGGUCAGGUUUAGUUUAAAGUUUUAGCUUAGGGAGGUACUUUUUACUCAUUAAAACCUCCAUCUAAUAUUCACCUGAAAAACCUAAUCCGUUUACUACACACUUAUUUUUCUCAAUAAGUCACUGGCAUCAAACCUGACGCAUAUCAUCUUAUGGCAUGUUUGAUUUUAGAGCUACAGCGAAAAGGAAGAUUUUAAGUGAAUAACGACUAAAAGUUAAAAUAAUGACGAGUCGUAUGGACUAUUUUGCCUUUUUAUAUUUUUUGAGCAGCAAUACCAUUCUUGAAAACAUCUCCUUCUGGUUCCACAGAAGAAAGUAUGGAUUUGAAACAACAUGAGGGUGAGUAUGAGUAAAUUAUGACAAUUUAACUUUUUGGGUACUAUCCUUUUAAAGGAAUGUUCCGGGUUCAAUCCAAGUUAAGAUCAAUCAACAGCAUUUGUAGUAAAAGGUUGAUUACUACAAAAAAAUCAAUUUGUUUCUCGUUAACAAAAGACAUAACAAAGUCCAUAAAAACACUGUUUCAGAAGUAUAGCCACAAGAUUUAAACAUACAUGUUAACGUGAUUCUAGUGUGGUAGAGUUAGGAGCUCUGAUAUGCUUUUAGUAUGUUAAAAUUGCGGGUUUAUCAGUGUUGUGUUGUUAUGACGACGAAGUUGUAAUAUCAAAUCUAACUUUAUACCGAUAACCUGAGCGAUUUAUCAUGCUAAAAUCGUGUUCACAUAUUAUUUUCGUCUAGUGGCUAUACUUUUUAAAAUGUAUUUUAAUGAAUAGACUGGCCCCAUUCACUUCCACUGUACGUGUAACACAGAUUUUAGCUUUAAUCUUUCAAUAAAAACGAAGAGUUGAAAAUAUUUUGUAGUAAUCUUAUUCCAUGAAUGCUUUCGAUUCAGCUCAACUUGUACUGAACCCGGA